AGCGUGCUACAAAAAUCACCAUCAGCCUGUUUAAAAAUGAACACAAUCAUGAAUUGAAACCUGAGACUUCUGAAUUCAGUAAUAAAUAUCGAGGAUUAACUAAAGAAAUGAUGGAUGAAAUAAAGAUAAUGACUAAACAUAGUAAUCUUUCAAUUACUAAUGAUUUAUUAGAAAAAUUUCCAUUAGCUAAAGAUUAUCUUCUUAGAAGUACUUCACGAGUUGAAGAAAUGAAUGGUAUUAUUAAAAGAACAAUUAGAAGCAAUUCUACUUUAUGUCAACUUGUUGAGUGCUUAGCUGAAUGGCUUAUUACAGAAAUUCAAUGGGGAAGAUUUCAUGAAUAUCGAUCUUCAACUACUAGUUCAAUUUCAGUAUCAAUGGGUGAAGAUCUUUUUCCAUCAAUAGUUGAAACAUUAAAGAA